CAAGCAGUCUUCGGCGCAUCCAGCAAACGCGGUUCUUUUUUAAGCGCGUUUUCGUAUUAUUCUACUCAUAUGAUUUAUCAUUUGCGUCGCUAUAUGAUUUCUCCUUGUUUCCGUAGUAUGACAAGCCACUACUACUAAAAAUAAAAAACCAAAAAAAAAACCAACAAACAACCAAAUAAAAAAUAAACAACAACCAAUAUUAGGCACACGUUUCGAGAUCGGCGAAGAAACAGCAGCAGCAGAAGGCGGAGGAGCUCCAAAAACACACAUCCUUGCUGGCCUAAAAAUCGUGAGACAGCGGAUAUAUUCCUGGGGAAUAUACCGGCAAACAAGGACCGCCGCUGUCCUUCCUUUUCACUCAGUCAGUACGUCCCCGAAAAAACGAAACUUUUUUAUAUCUUUUUGUAUAUGUGUGUGAGUGUAUGAGUGAUCGCAAGUACAUGAAAGCCAGAAAUCUCCGAUUUCGAAACUCCUUCUAAGACCAUUGAUAAGCUCAAGCCGAGGCAGAGAGAUUUGCAGCUCAAGAUAGACCCCUAAAAUGGUAUAGCGAAAAGUAUGUUCAGUGUCGAUCAAAAACCAAUUCAAAGCGUUUUAACACAAAAGUCUGCUGGCAGCAAUCAACUUUAAGCCAAACUUAUCUCAAAUCUUGAACGAAAUCGUUAAUAGAAAAGAAAUUGCAUUCAACUAUUAUCAGGAUUUUCCACUGUUUCAUUUUGUGUUGUUGACUGAUGCUGAGAUCAAAGAUAAAAGACCAAAUUCGAUAAGGCAAAGCAAUUCUCCCACACAACAGAGUAUAUAAUAAUAAUAAAAAUAAUAAUAACAAUAAUAAAAAAGAAGAAAGAAAUUAAUUAUGAUUAAAACAUACAUUUGAUUUCAAUAAGUGUGCGCUAGAUAGAAUCAUAUAUAUAAACGGAUAACAUUUGAUUACCUUCGUCGGUGAGUGUCUAGCCAAUCAAUCUAUAGCCUAUAGGAACCAUAUAUAUACCACAAGGUUUUAUACUGAAUUUAUUAAAUUUUGGGUAAGGGCGCAGUGCGCAUCGAAUGGCCCCAUCAAGAAAAAAAGCAUCAACACCAAAACUCAAUAUGAACUAAUAAAAAAUAACAUAAGCAAGUGUUUUUUUGUCGCAUAUAAAUAAAUUUACAUAUUUACACAUACGUGACGAAAAGUUAAUGCAAAAGUAAUAUUAAAAUAAAGACUUGAAUUUCUCAAAGAAAUAAAUAUUUAUACAAGAACAAGCGAAGAAUAAGAACAACAACAAGAAAAACGGACUUCCAACGAUUUCAAAAUACGACGAAAAAUACGAAAUAUGAAAUAUUUUUAGAGCAAAAAGUAUGUGGUUAUGACUAUGACUAAAUCUACGCAAAUCGGUUAACAAUAUAUUUGCCAAAUCUAACGUAUGUAUUGAAUCAAAAACCAAAAAAAAAAACAAUAAAACGGAUAAAAAACCGCAUACUUAAUGACAAAUUGAACGUCGAGCUACCAAGAAUUUAUACGGAAAAUAAAAGGCAUCACAAGAAAUUGCGGAGCAGGAAAAGUGCAAAAGCGGAUUUAUUGGAAAAGCUGAAGGGGAAAAUCGAGAUCAACGGAGAUCAGCUGUAAAGUGAUAUUUUAUAAAAACAGAAAAUAUCAGUUAAGGACAACGACUUAUAAGAUUGAGUGAAAACGAGCGAGCAAUCGAACAGCCAUCAUUUAUCAGAGAAAAGAAACGGAUCACCGAAAAAGAGGGAUUUUUUAACCGCAGGGGGAACAGCAAACAGACGAGGCAAAAAGAAAUAGGAAGGAAAAGUCAACAAAAAACCAAACACCACCAAAUAAAACCAACUACUAUUAAUUUAAAGCAAACAUUAACGAAUAAUCAUAUUCAAGCGGUAUAUACAUAUAUAUACAGAGGAUAAAAGAUAACACAACUAACUAAAUAUAUACAUAUAUAUAUAUGGUAUAUGAAUGUAUAUUUGAAAACCAAAGCUAAGUUCCAGUCAAAGAUAAAACCAAAAACCAGCGCAAAUUUAGUAAAAGUAUAAUAAAACGGAAAAAAACCAAAUUAUUGCUAUCUUUUUGCAUUUUUGCAAUUUUAUAUAAAACCAAAAACAAAGAAAACGAAAAACAAAACCAAAAGACCUACAACUAAAGAUCAUAAUAAUCUUUAACAUUCGGAGAAGCAAAAAUAGGAAGUAAACACAUUUAGCAAAAUUUACUCUUUUAUCUAAACGAAAACAAAAGAAUACCAUCAAAAUAAACAAAUACAAAAACACAAAUCAAAGUAAGACAUAAUUCAAGUCAGACAUAAAUAAAUUUUAAACGUUUUAGACAGAGAACGCUCUAAACAUAACUUAUAAAGCAAAUACAUUUUUUUCGCGAUCGUAGUUGAUCUAAAACCCCCCAAAAAAGCCGAAAUAAAAUCUGCGAAAAAAAAGUAACUUUACGCGGGACUUGUGCAAAGCGCUAAAAAUCCCCCCUCCAAAACAAACGAAUAAGGAGCAGCUCUAACUUGUAAGCGAAAACCAACCAAGCAGUGAGAUUAGCUACUAACCAAACAAAAAAAAAAAGAAGGACUAAAUCAGGACAGGAUCAGAACCACAAUCACAAUGACCAACGCCAUGGACAUAGUGAAGAACGGCAGUGCCAACGGAUCCGUGGAUGGCAGCAAUGAUGAGUCGCGCACCAAUUUGAUUGUCAACUAUCUGCCGCAAACCAUGACGCAGGAGGAGAUGCGAUCGCUCUUCUCCAGCAUCGGUGAGCUCGAGAGUUGCAAACUGGUGCGUGAUAAAGUCUCAGGUAAUUUGGUCUUGCCAGCAUCGUUGACCGCUCUCAACCCGGCACUGCAGCAAGGUCAGAGUCUGGGCUAUGGCUUUGUUAAUUACGUCAGGGCCGAGGAUGCUGAGAAGGCUGUGAACACCCUGAACGGUCUGCGUUUGCAGAAUAAGGUUAUUAAAGUAUCAUACGCCCGUCCAAGCUCAGAAUCUAUUAAGGGUGCUAAUUUAUAUGUAUCGGGUCUUCCGAAAAAUCUAUCACAACCAGACUUGGAGGGGAUGUUUGCAUCGUUCGGCAAAAUAAUUACAUCUCGUAUACUCUGUGAUAAUAUUUCUGGUCUAUCGAAGGGCGUCGGCUUUAUACGCUUCGAUCAGCGCAACGAAGCCGAGCGGGCCAUCCAGGAGCUGAAUGGCAAGACCCCAAAGGGAUAUGCCGAGCCGAUCACCGUCAAGUUCGCCAAUAAUCCGAGCAAUAGUGCCAAGGCCCAGAUUGCCCCGCCCCUAACCGCCUACUUGACUCCCCAGGCGGCAGCGGCCACUCGUCGUUUGGCCGGAGCUCUGCCCUCCGCCGGUCGCAUUAGCAUUGGAAAGAGUCCCAUGUUAGCGAUUAACAAGGGCCUACGAAGGUACUCACCGCUGGCUGGCGAUCUAUUGGCCAACUCGAUUUUGCCGGGAAACGCAAUGACUGGAUCCGGAUGGUGCAUAUUCGUCUAUAAUCUGGCACCGGAAACCGAGGAGAAUGUGCUGUGGCAGCUGUUCGGUCCAUUCGGAGCCGUACAGUCGGUGAAGGUGAUCCGGGAUCUGCAGACCAGCAAGUGCAAGGGAUUCGGAUUCGUGACCAUGACCAACUACGAUGAGGCCGUGGUGGCCAUUCAGUCGCUGAACGGAUAUACCCUCGGCAAUCGGGUGCUGCAGGUCAGCUUUAAGACUAACAAGACCAAAACCACUUAGGCGAACCAGCCAAUCUGGACUAGACCUUUCCAAUACUCCACGAUCUGUUUGAUUUAACAACACCUAGACUAUAGAUUCAUCUGAUCUGAUCUGAUAAGAUAUAUGAUAUGAUAUGAUAUGAUAUGAUAUGAUAUAUGACAAAGACAGUGUAGUCGAAAUUGCGAAAUUUAGCGCGAGUUUAUGAUAUGCCUAUCAUUUGAUUUGUACGCUAAACGAAAUUAUUAUGAUUGUAAUUCUAAUGAAAUCUUAGUGAAAAUUGAUUUAUUUCCCUCUCUAUAAUUUAAUUUUAUUAACUAAUCCAAGAAACGAAAAAAAUACAAAAAAAUAUCAAAAAAGAAAAAAAAAACAAACAAACAAAUAAAGCUUGAAUGAGGCAUCCAAAAAACACAACACAGAAACUAAGGAGAAGUUUAGAAAAAAAGUGAGGUGAGCCAGACAACUGUCUAUAAAUUGACAAAUGGGAAAGAAAUAUGAGAAGGUAAUAGGGUCAAAAGAUAAAAAACAAAAAACGAAAAAUAAAAAAUAGAAAACCGGAAAAAUAUGAAUGAAAAUGAUCUAAGUCGCAAUAUAUAGUAACUAUUUUUUUUUUGAAACUUAUGUAUAUGUAAUUCAAUUCGAUUAUAUUCAAUUAAACAAAGUAUUUAAACAAGCUAACCAAAUGAUUUAAUGUCUAUUGAUUUAGGAAUUACCAACAUAACUCUCUCAGCUUACCUAAGUACUUAUUAUAAUGGAUACGCAUAAAUAUAUUGUAUUGUAUUGUAUUGUAUUUUGUGUUCGUUUUGCAAAACCUAACUUACAUUACAUUACAUUAAUUCUAGUGCUAUUCAGCUCUUAUAUUUAAUUCGAUUCGCCUUGAUUUACACUCGAAGACGAAACGGAAAUCAAAGAUAAAGCCGCGAUAUAUCCUCCAAACGUAACAACAACAACAAAAGUCCCCAAAGCACCCAAAACACACUCACUUGUAACCAUUAUUAUAUAUAUUAUAUAUGUAACCAGAUUUAAAUAUCUUUUUUUCGUCGUCUAAGAUUCGUAUUCGUAUUCGUCAAGUGCAAACCAAAGUAAAUGAAACCAAGCAAACUUAUUAUAUUAUAUUACAUUAUAUAUUAUUACGCCUACUUAUUAUUCCAUUUUUAUAAUUAUUAUAACUUAUUGAAUGCAACCAAGCGAAACCAAACAAAAGGCAAACAAAAAAACAUAACUACAACUAAAAAUAUAUAUUUAUUAUUAAAUAAAUGUGUGACUUAUUCCAAAAACUAUGCAAAAAAAAAAAAUGAAAAAACACAAAAAACUAAAACACAAAAUUUGUUUUCUUUUUUCCCCCCAAAUAUCUACACACACACACACGCACACCUAAACUAGAGCUGGCAAGACUUCGAUCGAUCUUAAGUUAGAAUCGAUUGGAUUUCUUGGAGGCCACAGUAAAAGUUCGUUUAUUCUAUACCAUCUUCUUACAAUAAUAAGAAUAGUCUUGAUCGUUUCGAUGACACCAUGAAUUUACUAGCGAUGGCUUGCCAGCUCUUAUCUGUACCCACCUGAAAAUUGGCAAUACAGCAGGCAGAACGCUUUCGCAGUUGAAGUGAUCAGUAAAUAAUUGGAUCGGAAUUGGAUUGGAGAUAAAUAGUAAUUUGGCCAGCUAAAACCGCAACUUCAGCCGUGUAAAUCGAUCCACACCACAAAUACACAACAACAGCACUCGCAUUUAUACAAAUAUAUAUUUAAAAUACAGAUUAAGUUUCAAAGCUCUCUAACGUAUAACUAAGUUUUUAACUAAGUUUUACGCCUAUAUAAAUAAAUAUAUAAUAUCAAAUACGAACUAUAUGUACGCGCAACUAUAUUAAUUCAAUUAAAGAUUGUUUAUUCGAUUUUUCACUUCAAUAAUCUAGUUUUCAAAUCCGAGAUCAUUUAGUAGAGUCUACCAACAAUCAAUGUGUGUGUCUGUAGUUUAACUUAUGACAUUCUUAGGAAGCAUACAAUUUUUUUUUUGUGUAUUUAGGGCUGAAAGGUCAGGCCACAUCUACAUGGCAAUGGGCCAUAAGGCGGAAAACCCUAAAAAAUAAUAAAUACAAGAAAAAAGAAAAAAACAAAUCUUAAGCUAGAAAAACGAAGAAAA